AUGCGAUUCUGUGGCUUCUUUGUAGCAGCGGUCGGCUAUGCUGGCGCUGUGGUUUCAGCUUCCUCUCCCUUGGAGCUGGAGCUGGAUUCCAUUCUGGCGAGCCGCAACCUGGUGCUCUUGCCGCGGUCAGACAUCACAGACACCUUGACGGAUAUCAAAUCGCUCCUGAAAACCUCUCAUGUUGUUCAGGCCCGGCCUCCACUUUACCCCCGCCAGAGCAACAACAGCCUCGGGGACCUACUUGGUGGCGAGGGUCUCGGUGAUCUCGUGAAGACUCUGGGCAACCUGCCUAAGCUGAUAGAUACCAUUCUCAAACUUGCCAGCGAUGAGUUCCUCAGCACCUUGCACGACUCCGUCAUCAACUUGGCACCGACGCUUGCACCUCCAGUCCCGCAGCAGGUCCGGAGUUUGCUCAGCGGCGCCCUCGACCUGAUUGGCAUGAUUCAGAAGCUAGACCUCCGCAGCAUCCUAGGCCUCUUCAAGGACAUUGAUAUCAAGGGCCUGGUUAGCUCUGCCUUGCAGCUGUUGACACCGGACAGCAUCGAUGCCAUCAAAGGGCUUGUGUCCAGUGCUCAGUCCUUGCUCACGUCGAGCUUCGUGAAGCAAGUACAGUCCCUCAUCUCAGGGGUUGCUCCGCUUCUCGAGGGAUUCAAAGAUCUUGAUCUCAAGGCUCUCAUUGAUCAGGUCACACCCCUGCUGAGCGAGCUCAGCGAGAUCGACUUGAAAGGGCUUGUUAGCUCUGUCUCCUCCCUCCUCAAACCAGAGUCAAUCAAGAGCAUCAUGGACUUGCUCGGAAAUCUCCAAGGACUGUUGACCAAGGACUUCCUUGGCCAGGUCAAGGAUUUGAUCGGCGGCAUCGGUCCACUACUCGAGGGUUUGAAAGACAUCGACCUCAAGAAGCUUGUUGAGAAAAUCAUUCCAUUAUUGGACAACUUGAGUCAGCUCGACGUUGAUGGGCUCCUGAAGUCCAUCUCUCCUCUCCUGACCCCUGAUUCGGUCAACGGUAUUAUCGGUCUGCUUGACAAUGCGGAGGGGCUCCUGACCAAGGAAUUCGUCACCCAGACUCAGAGUCUGAUUGGUGGGGCUGCUCCGCUGCUGAGUGCAUUGGGAGGCAUUGACAUCAAGGGCCUGCUGAGCACCUUGGAGCCCCUUCUCAAUAGCCUCGGAAAGAUUGAUCUGGCAGGGUUACUCAAGAGUAUCGAGCCACUGUUGGAUUCCCUCAAGGACAUUGACAUUAAGAGCCUCGUCGAAUCCAUCACGCCCCUGCUAACUCCAGAUGGUUUGCAAGGCAUUGUCGGCCUCCUUGGCAAUGCCGAGCGUCUGUUGACAACCAAGUUCAUCAACGAAACGCAGUCCCUUAUUGGUAAUGCAGGGCCACUGCUAGAUACCGUUGGCCAGAUCGACCUCAAGGGCCUCAUCAACGGAAUCACCCCUCUUUUGGACGUUUUCAAGAAGAUCGACUUCGAGUCGUUGCUCUCGUCUAUCACGCCCCUUCUCGACGCCCUCAAGAACAUCGACAUCAAAGACCUGAUCGAGAAGAUCAAACCAGUUUUGGAUAUGCUGAGCAAGGUCGACCUCGAGACGCUACUGUCUUCCAUCACACCGUUGCUUACACCAACCUCGAUCAAAGGUCUCAUGGGCCUGCUGGGCAAUGCUCAGAGUCUGUUGACGGCAGAUAUCGUGUCAUAUGCCCGCACCCUGAUUUCCGAUGCGGCUCCUCUCGUGUCCGCCUUGUCACAGUUCGUUGUGACACUUCUGAACGCGUUGCUAGGAAACAUCUCUUCGGUUCUUUCCGUCAUCCUAUCCGCGAGAUUUGCGGGGGCUUCCCCGGCCUCGACCAACACGACAGAUAUCGGUAGCGUCGAAUGGGGUUCGUGCAACAGGAAUCUCAGCGGACUUCCUAAGGUCCUAUGUGGAAACCUUACCGUUCCCCUCGACUACACAAAUCAGACCGACAGCCGCACCAUCACACUGAGACUCAUCAAAUCUUCUGCCAAGAAGCAACCCGCCCCGAAAGGGAGCAUUCUGCUCAAUUAUGGCGGCCCAGGGCAAGACGGCGUCAACAGCUUCUUGCACUACUUUACCAAGCAGAGAAAGUACAUCGGUGAAGAUCACGACAUGAUCAGUUGGGACCCUCGAGCCACGCGCGAUACCUUGCCGGCCAACUGCAUCGAUGCGACAGACCCGAACGCCGUGGGAAUGGCGUCCUUCGGCAAGAAGUGGCACGACUCGUCCGACGUCAGCGGUGCCACGAACUGGGCCGAGGGCACGGUGCUGGCUGACGCCUGCUACAGUGCUCUUCGGGACGUUGGCCCUUACGUGGGCAUGGCCGCCACUGCUCGUGAUGCCAUGGCGAUAGUCGAUGCUCUCAAGGAAGAUGGGAUGUUACGAUACUGGGGUAGGUCGCUCAACGUACUACACUUUUAUGAAACAUCUGCUGAGACAAAUUGCCUUGCAGGACUUUCCGGAGGUACUGCGCUCGGCGCAACUGUCGCCGCCAUGUUUCCGAAUCGCAUGGACAGGAUCAUUCUCGACGGCGUGAUGAAUGCACACCAGUACUAUCACGACCUUGCUGAGACAGAGUGGUUCUCCAGCAGCGAGAUGGCCUUCAGGAUGGUCAUGGACGCCUGCGUCGAAAUCGGCCCCGAGAAGUGCCCUAUUGCUCGCAGCAACAGUACCGGAGAGGAGCUCAUCAGACACUUCGAGCAAGUCUUUGCACAUAUCAGGAAGAACCCAAUCCCCGUAUCAUCUCCCGAACUAGCAUACGGAUCUCUCAUCGACUAUACCACCAUCAUGGACUACGUGUAUACACGUCUCUAUGCCCCUCCCAAGUUCCAAUAUCUCAUAAAAGUCCUCGAGGCCCUCUCCGAGCGCAACGCCACCAAGUACCAGGAGGUCUACGCCCUGGAUAAGCUGGCAAGCCCCAAGUUACCUUCCGAGGAUGCGGUGCCCGCUGCCCAGUUUGCCCCCGUCGUGAUUCGAUGUGGCGACCGGUUCCCGCGGAAAAAGAAUGCCGAUGAUGUCGACAAGGCCCUCGACCGGGCGCACGAGAUCAGUCCCAACUUUGGCUACUACGGUGCGAACUUGAACGCGCAGCUCUGCGCACAGUGGAAGUUCGAGGCUGUCGAGCGAUAUGCAGGCGACUUCAGCGUGAGCACCAAGAACCCUGUUCUCUUCAUCAGCAAUAGUGUCGAUCCCGCGACGCCCAUUGUCUCGGCACGAAAUAUGAGCUCUUCGUUCCAUGGCAGCGUUCUCUUGGAACAAGAAUCUGUUGGUCACGUCACGUUUAUGACCCAGGAGUCCAACUGCACCCGGGAUGCUAUUCUUGCAUAUCUAGCUGAUGGAGAGCUCCCAGAGAAGGGCACCAAAUGCAAGGCUAAUCUUCCUAUUGCCUCAUAUGUUUCUGGCGAGUUCGAGGGAUUGGAUCAAGUUUGA